CUGUCUGUCUGUCUGUCCGGAGGGGAAGGUGGAGGGGGUUCUGUUUGUCCAUCCGAGGGCUCUGCGUGCUGCGGGGGGAUCCGUCUGUCCGUCUGUCUAAAGGGGCAGCACAGGGGGUCUGUCCGUCCUUGGAGGGGAUAGAAAAGGGGGAUAUCUGUCUGUCUGUCUGUCCGUCCGGGGCGGGGACGGACACCCUCACCCUCCCCUCUCCUCAGCCCCUCCCACAUGAGCCCCCCCCGGGAUGAGCUCCAAGGCCAAGCGGGUGCUGCCCACCCGCCCUGAGCCCCCCAGCGUGGAGCAGAUCCUGGCCGACGUGCAGGGCGCCGACCCCACCGACCCCGUCUUCAUCCUCCCCUCCGAGCCCCCCCAGGACCACGGCCCCGCUCCAGGCUGCCCCGAGCCCGCGGCCGAGGAGCGGGAGCGGCUGUACCGGCAGAUCCGCUCCUACGUGGGCAUGAACCAGCGGCUGCAGCGGUCCCGGGAGCAGCUGCGGGAGCGGCGCCGGGAGCUGGGCGCGGUUGGGGAGGCGCUGGAUCGCGGCAUCGCCGAGAUGAGGCAGAAAGCGUUCUGAGGAACCGCGCUGGGCGCCUCGGGGUCACGCCGCGCUGUGGUUUCACCUUCCCAAACCGUUUCCCUCGGGAGGAUCCAAGACUGUGCCGCCCCAGUGACCUUUUCCCAGGGAACACUGGGAUCCUCCAGGCCAUCGCGGUGGCACCUUCCUGGUGCUGGAACGAAGCCUUGCACCCCUCCUUCUGCCCCUGAAGCGGCUGCCAUGUCCCCCGUGGGUGGCACGAACUCUCCUCCCUACGACUUUUCCCUCUGGUACUUCCCCGAGGAUGUCCACGUCGCCUCCCGCAUCGCGGAGCGCCUGAGGGAGGAGGGAUUUCGGGGCUUCAUCGAGCACCAGGACCAAGUGGCCGGGAGAUCCGUCGUCCUGACGGCCGUGGAGGCCAUCGAGGCCAGCCGAGUGGCCAUCCUGCUGCUCUCGGCCAAGUCCGUGGGCGACCGGUGGUGCCAGCGCGUGUCCCAGUGGAACCUGUUCCGCGCCAUCCACCAGCGCGGCCCCAAGGUGGUCCCCGUGUGCGUGGGGGUCACCAGAGCCGAGCUGCCCCCGUUCCUGCGGCACCUGGUCCCGCUGGAAUACCAGAACGAGUUCUUCUUCCAGCGGCUCGUGGCCAGCCUGAGGUCCCGCCCGGGCAGCGGGGCCAGGCGGGUGCCGCCCCAGGGGACGCGCUGAGGGACCCCCGGGGGGGCCGGGCCGGGGGCCAGCACGGCCCCGUGGUGUGAACAAGUGUCCUGCUUUGCUAAUAAAGGUGAUGGG